AAUAAAAAAGAGCCGAUAGAUUUUUAAUCGAGCCCAACGCCUCACCAGUUACCGAACAAGAAUAAAGCGUAAAAAAGUGGCAUUACCUUGCGUAGCAAUAGAACAAGCUUGGUCGCAUCAUUCAUUUGUACUGUCAGAUAAUUAGCCGAUCGAUUUCGGGAAAAGCGAGACUGCCCUGCCCUGAGAGAUUUUCCAAUUAAUCUCUCUAACAGGGCGAUCACUGGGUAAUCGAUGUUUAUGGUGGGAAAAUUGCUGCGAUUCGGAUCAAUUGUGGCUUGGAUUCUUCAUAUGGUUGCAUGCAUGGGGUAUAUAACAGUGGUUGUCUUGGAAGUGCUACUGAGCCAAAACUAGAUUUGACAAUUCAUGACUCUCUUCAACAGCAGAAACCUGUAGCUGAAAUACAUUCAAGAAUAUCAAAAGCUAGCAUAUCUGAGAGUUUCCGGACAAACAGCAACUGUGACAUGGACGUGAGUGCUGUUCAGUCACAGGGAAGUGUAUCAUCAGUUAGUAGUUCAUUGACCAAUUCUCAUGGAGCUGGAAGUUCAAAUGCUUCCUAUGAAUUUGUAAAUCAUGGUCUUCUUCUUUGGAAUCAAACUAGACGGCAGUGGAUAGGCAGUAGAAAGCCCGAGAAACAGAUGCAGCAGCUGCGUGAGCCCAAGUUAAGCACUUUGUGUCUCUGCAUCGCUAAAAAGUUUUGGCUUUGCAGUUGGAAUGCAACCUAUGAUAGUUUGCUUGGAAGCAACAAACCCUUUACCAAGCGUAUUCCUCUUGCCGAAAUGGUAGAUUUUCUUGUGGACGUAUGGGAGCAGGAAGGAAUGUACGACUGAAUGGGCAAAAGUUGCAGGUCUUGAACAACAUGGCCUGCCCUUGAGACAUCGAACUUCUCAGGUGUUUUACGAAGUGUGUUGUAAAUUAACCAUGUAAUCAUUUUGUAUGCGGUAGCCUAUUUACCAAGGCAAAUAUAAAAUAUGUUCUUGUACGUAUGAGGAUCCUGAUUAUGUAGAACUCACGUUGGUGCAAGUCUCUGUAGUGGAAGAAGUCGGUUGGCGCAUAUUAUAGCCAUUUUUGUUA